GCCACGUCCAGGGAAGAGGAUGAUGAAUCCAGUAAAGAUGCGAGCAGUGAAAGCAAGAGUCCAGGGCAACGAACAAAGUCUAAUCAGAGAUGGAUGAAACUGCGGACAACUGUGCAGCUUAGUUCGGCUAUACACAAGAAGCCAACUCUAAAGAGAGAAGACUCAUUCCUCAAAAGAUUUUCCACCCGACAAAUACCGGAGACACAAGAAACAGUAGAAGACACAGGUUCAGAAGGUGCGACUGGUGAACACAGAAGUACUACCAGACUAAGGCGGCGGAAAGUGCGCGUACCUCCAACUGUCGUCAAUCCGGACGAGAAUUUCUACUUUUACUGGCUUUGGGUUAUUACAAUCUGCGUCCUCUACAAUUUGUGGACACUCAUCGUGAGACAGAGCUUCCCUGAACUCCAGAUGUUAUGUCAUCGCUUCUGGCUCACUUGUGAUGGCAUCGGGGAUAUCGUCUUCGCCUUAGACCUCAUCGUUCAACUGCGGACUGGUUAUUUGGAGCAAGGACUUAUGGUAUACGAUUCAAAGAAGUUGGCUAAACAUUAUCUCACGUCGAGUUCCUUUAUGUUGGAUAUUGCUGCGCUCACUCCCUUGGAUCUACUCCAAUUGAAAAUAGGAACGAAUCCCAUUAUACGCUUUCCCAGAUUCCUUAAGGUGUACCGAGCCGUCAGUUGUUACUAUAUGGUGGAAUCUCGUACAGUGUACCCCAAUUUCUGGCGAGUGAUAAACUUGAUACAUAUUUUGUUAAUCCUUGCGCAUUGGUUUGGUUGUUUCUACUUUCUACUAUCCGAAGCAGAAGGCUUUCAGGGUGAUUGGGUAUAUCCACAUAGACCUGGUGACUACGCUACACUAACAAGGAAAUAUCUCGGCUCGCUUUAUUGGUCUACCCUCACUCUAACAACUAUUGGUGAUCUACCCACACCAGAGACAAAUGCUGAAUAUGUAUUUACCAUCGUCAGUUAUUUGAUCGGAGUCUUCAUUUUCGCGACUAUAGUGGGUCAAGUGGGCAAUGUUAUAACCAAUCGAAACGCUAAUAGACUGGAAUUUGAGAGAUUGCUCGAUGGAGCUAAAACAUAUAUGAGACACCACAAGGUGCCAGGUGGUAUGAAACGUCGAGUGUUACGUUGGUAUGACUAUUCCUGGUCCCGGGGUCGAAUCCAGGGCGGCGGAGACAUUAACACAGCUCUCGGUUUGCUGCCUGAUAAAUUAAAAACAGAACUCGCAUUGCACGUCAAUUUGAGUGUUCUCAAAAAGGUGACAAUAUUUCAAGAAUGCCAACCAGAGUUUCUGCACGAUCUUGUAUUGAAAAUGAAAGCUUACAUUUUCACACCUGGGGAUUCAAUAUGCCGAAAAGGCGAAGUAGCUCGAGAAAUGUUUAUAAUCGCCGAUGGUAUUCUAGAAGUAAUAUCAGAAACAGGUCGUGUACUCACAACUAUGAAAGCUGGAGAUUUCUUCGGAGAAAUUGGUAUUUUAAACCUUGACGGACUUAACAAACGAACAGCGGAUGUCCGAUCUGUAGGAUAUUCUGAACUAUUCUCAUUAUCUCGGGAAGAUGUCUUAGCAGCUAUGAAGGAUUACCCUGAAGCGCAAGAAAUACUCCAAACUCUUGGUAGAAAACGAUUACAGGAAGCUAAAAAUAUGUCUCGACAAAAAGGCAAAGGUGAAACAAGUCCUGAUAAAAUGGGUGAUGAUAGUACGUCAAAACGCAUCGUGCACAAAUUGCGCACCGAUGUUAAGGGAAUACGUAACGCGAUUCGAAGUAGAUCCCGAGUUGGACGUAGAUCAGGAGAGUCGAUGGAGCUACAGUCGUUAUCGAGUUCGGAGAGGACGGCAGACACCAAGGUACUGAGGAGGAUGCCUCGAGUUGAGAGUGACGAUUCACAGGCACACAACCAGGAGGAUAUUAUUGGCGAACCAUCUGGCAUUAAAGGUGAAAAAUGCAUAUCGCCUAUUGGAGCUGGCUUGCCCUUGUUAUCCCGAUUGAAAUUGUUGAAAGAAAAACAAGACCGCGAAGAAAAAGUCGCUAAGCAGAGAAAUUCGACAUCAUCAGUAGCAUCAAUAUCUACUCCUCAGCCAACUCCAUCGACAAGUACCGCACCUGAUGGAGAACCUGAAGUUAUUGGCGCAGGGCUUCCUCUUCUGCAACGUCUGUUGUUAUUAAAAGCUAAAGAAGAAAGAGAAAAAAAUCAAUUAACUCCAACCAACAGUAACCAGCAAUCGAGCUCGGAAACGAUUAGUCCUAGUUCUGUUAAAAGCCCUUUAAGCCCUACAGUUAAAACCUUAAGUCCUAUUAGAAAAGGUUCAGAAUCCAGUUCACCAGGUAGAUUACAUAGUCCCACAGCAAAAAUGUCAAGAAAAAAUUCUUCAGGCUCCAGCGAUAGUACUUCUCGCCCAAAAGUAAGCUUCAGAGAUAAAAUACUCCAAGUUCAAAGUGAUGGAACCGCCGUUUCUCAACCUCUUAUAAAAGAUUUAUUAGAAAAACCAGCCGCGGUGGUAGAACCGACACCUAAAACAGAAAGUAAUCUUAUAUCUAUACCCCACUCAGUCGUAAGUAAAAUUAAGUCCCCAGCCAAGGCAGUAAGCUCUUCUUUUCGCGACAGAUUAAAGAUACUUCAAGGAAAUAGUUCCAAAGAAUCUGACACAAGCGCAACAGAAAGAAAUAAACAAAAUGAAAAAUCUUCUGCCGAAGUAUCACCAGUUCAAUCCACAGAAAUAAAAGAGGAAAUAAAAAAAGAAACCAAAAAGCCCUGGACUAAAUUGAAAAAAGCUGCUAUCUUAGGAGAUUCUAAGAGCCAGAGCAAAUCUAGCAUAGAAGAAAAGAAGCCUGAUAUCGAUUCACCGAAAGAUUUAGCUACGGCAAGUACAGAAAGUAGUAAACUAGAACCAUCUAUGAGUAUCAGGGUACCGGUUGUAACUACGGCAGAGCUCGUUAAAAUUGACAAUAAUAAUGUUAAAGUUGAUAGUGAUAAUAUUAAACACGAUAAACCCAAGAUUUGCUUAACAGGGCCUUUAGAAUCCGUCCAAGAAAAAAAAGUAGAAGCAUUACCAACCUCUCCAAAAAAAUAUGAGGAUCCAAAAGCAAGUGAUAUCAGUAGACCGACGAUCACAGCAGGAACGAUGCUUUUACCUAAAGCAAAAAAAUAUAAAUCAAUAGAUGAUCUGUCACCUGAAUAUGGUGGUCUGCCUUUUGUCAAAAAAUUAAAAAUUUUGAAUGAAAGACAAAAACUCGCAGAACUUGAAAGAGUUGUGAAGUUUAGAAGUUCAAGUUUAGACUGUGCUAGUUCUUCUGAAGAUUUGCUUUGUGACACAUUGACUAGAAGUCACUCAGAAGGAAGUACAAUGUACAAAAGAAAAUUUAAAAGGAAAUCAACGGACUCGUCAGGUAGCCAUGAGUCGAAUGAAACAUUGGAACGAAGAACUCUUAAGUCCAUACUGAAAAAAUUAUCAGAAGAUGUUACACCAGUACAGAGUCCUGAAAGAAGCAAUGAAUUGAGAAAGUUAAUUCGGGCACCAACUAUAGAGGGAUACGCAGCAAGACAUUCAAAAUUUGCAAAAAGUGUUACAUUUCAUCGCCACACAUUGCCAUCGCCUCCUGCAAGCGCACCGUCAGAUAUCGAUGACGAAGUAUUUCAUAUGCCUGAUAGUAAAAAUAGCUCUGUUCCAAAAAUAUCCUCACCACCGGCUAUUGAGCCCGACAUAGUAGCACCGCAAAAUCAGUUAGUUAGACAAGAUAAUACAAUUUCUAGUCAAGAGUUUGACCGUAACGUAUUAACAUUAAAUGAAUAUAGUGUACCAGAAGAUGUCCCGCCGGUGUACGAUGUAAAAUCAUUAAGGCCAGAAGAAAUUACAGUACCACCAGAAAAACCCAAGCUUACCUGUAUUUCUGCCGUCACCAAUCAAAGGAAAUUAUUGCGAGGUUCAUUAGAUGACCAUGAAUAUUUUGGUGAAGUCCUUUUAGGGAUCAAGAAAGUGAUUCAAAAUCAUUUGCACGAUAUGCAAGAUAUAUUUCAAGACAGAUUUUGUAACUUGGAAAACGAAGUAAAGAAACGAGAUGAAAUCAUAAGUCAAUUACAAAGACGAAUACAAGAGUUAGAGAAUGUAGGUUUAACUGGAACAGGUGCAGUUGAAGAUGUAUCAGAACAAUUUUCUAACGUAGAUGCGACAAACCCAUUACGUUCUAAAAAUGGUAGUUCCGGUAGCGAAGAAGCAUCGGUAGCUGAUGAAGGAUUCAUGAGAGGUGACUCACUAGAUACAGUAUUCGCCUCAUCUCCUCCAAAUAUAAGCCCUGAGGAAGGUGUUAAACAAUCGAAGGCAGAGUCCAAAACAAAGGUUGGCGCUACCAAGAAAACAAUAUCAAGUGAUGACUUAACAGACGAAAAACUAACAGAAUUGACUGGCGGUAUUGAAUUAACAAAAUUAUCUUAUUCAGAAUUACAAAGUCUUGCAGAAUCGUUAACGAGUAAAACAGAUAAAACAUCAUCUAGUAAAGAAAAAUGGUCGUUAAGUAAAUCUAAGAGAUUGGAUUUGAAUCUUGAUGGUAAAGCGGGAACAUAUUCGAGAAAACGAGCGGCGAAAUUGAAACAACGUAAAUCAUGGGAUGACCAAAGUGACCAGGAGAACAUGGAAAUGCAAGACCUGACAAGACCGAUGUCACCACAAAUGACUGCAGAAGAUCGCUCCUUGCUUAGUCCGGAGCAGUCCAGUCUUCAUACUUCAAGGCGUGGUAUUCAUCCUUUCCACUUUUUUGGCACCCAUCUCGACAACACUAAAACUAAAAUUAAGAAAACUCUAUCAGUUGAUACAGGAAUGCAUCACACGGGUCGAAGAGAUAAAAAACAUGGUCAAGGGCAUCAGCAACGCAAGUUUAGCUUGGGUUCCUUCUUCGGCUACAACCGCGGAGUGCAGGCCGCUGUCAAGCCGACCAAUACCUGCAAUGAAGUAGUCCUCGACGUUGGCAGCGACUGCAGUUGGAGUGACACGACUUCAACAUCAUCUAGUAGCGAUUCGGAGUCAAUACCAAGAACACCAGUUUUCGAAGAGUUCGUAGAGAACAGCAGCCGACGCGUCAGAGCGGGGAGUUCUAGGCACGGUAGCAUGUCGCCUUUAAGAGGAAGUGGAAGUGACUGGGAAGUCAUGAUGUUAGCCAACGAGUUAGAGAAGAGGGAGCGUGAGAAAGAAAGAGAAGAAUCAAGAAGACAUCAUUACCCAACAACUCUUAGAGAUUUGGAGGAAGAGUCGGACACACCGCAAAGAGAAGACAGUCCCGACGAAUUUUCAAACAUUGACGAUUCCAAUUCGUCAUCCACAACGCAUCUUCUCUCGCAGUCCAUCAGCGAAGCAUCGCAAAGGUCUUUAGAAACGUCUUUCACUGAGAGAAGCAGUCAGUCUACGCGAGAACCGAGGCAACGCCGCGUCGGAUCUGUAGGGGAACAGCCAACACGUGACAUAUCUUCACAACAGUCAAGAGGUUUGAUUCUUCGAGCCGCUAGUUUGGAUAGAGAGACGACGGCCGCUUGUUCCCAUAGACGUUUUGGAUCCUUAAAGAGUUCCAGCACGGACUCGCACAAAAGACUCUGAUCCCGUACAUUCUACGGAUAAAAAUAAAAUCCGAGAGAACCAAGGAAUAGAUGAUAUCCUAUAAAAUUAAUGUAGAUUAUAAAAAAAAAU